AGAGGGCACUCUGUCUCCCAAGCAUUCUUGCCUCUUAAAAAAUGUUAUCUUCUUGCAGAAAAUGUGUUAUUUCCCUACCAAAAUGGUCAUGGAUAAACCAAAACGUUAUGGCUCGUGCAUCCUCAUCUUCUUUUAUCAAAAUACCCUCUCUAUUUGGUUCAAAGACGUCAAAAACAGCUGAUGUCCGUGAGGAAAAACAAGCAACGCCUGUCAGAAAGGAGUACUAUGUUCCUCGCAAGUUUGUUCCGAUGACAAGGAAAGCUCUUAUUAGAAGGAUAGUGGAAGAUGAGAAGCUAGUGAAUCCAACUGAUAGACACUACUUUCAAGGACUUGCAGAAGUUCUGGAUAAAAGCAUAGCUGGUAGUUUUCAUGCUGCUUUAGGGGAAUUGAAGGUAUAGUGUAAAAAGAUAUUGGCAGUGCCGGGUCUGAAGUACAGGUCACAAUUCCACAGGUCAAGAGUACUGGUCACUGCUCCAUCGAUAAAUUACAAACUACACAUAUUCCCCUCGAUCUAACAGAGCAUUUUGUUCAGAGAUUAGAGCUAGGAGACAGUUUUAAUGCUGUUUAUUUAUGGCCAUCCCGAUAAAAUGUUUUGUUUCCCAUCACCCGCGGACCGACCCAUUUUUUUCGACAAGUGAAAAAAAAAAAAAUUCCAGAUUCAUUAGUCAAAGAAGCAAGUACUUUAAUUUACAAGCACACAAUCUUGUUUUAUUGACAACAAUUGGUAUGAUCUGAUAUCCUUGUCUUUAAUAACAUCGAUACUAUGUUUUUAAAGGCUGCUUAGACCUUUGAUAGUUGAACAUGUUGAAAAGACCAUGCUUUCAAGUUGACUUUGUAACCAGGCUUUCUUACUUUGCAGCCCGGAACCCAGACCCCUUCAAGUGUUCAUUCUUUUUAUUUUGGCUUGGCCGACCAACCCACCAUCAAAAGAGACAGGGUGAUGGGAAAUGAAAUAUUUUAUUUGGAUGGCUUAUCUAUAUCAUGGUGACCUGUACUCUGACCUGUGGAAAAGUGACCUGUAUUUUAGACCCGCCAUACUGGCAGUGCAUAGAUACGCUAUUCUUUGUUGCUGGUCGGUGCAUUCUUGUAAUGAAUCAUUUAUUUAAAUGGUCAGUAGAAGUAGAAACAUAAUAAAGGGGGGUGGGGGGGGGAGGGGGGGGCAAGGGGAGGAUCUCAUCACGAGUUCAUGAACGCCAAUUUUGCAUUUCACAAGUCACUAAACAAAUGUUUAUUUUUUCACGCUUCUCAACAAAAAUGGAGGUUGUACAAAAUGUCAAAAAUGUUACGUUAGUCCCAUUUCAGAGACAGAGUGCUUCGAUUAUAUUUUAGCAAGUUAACUAGUUUUACGAACGUUAUGAAAAACACCUAUAAAUUCCCUAGGGAAGCCAGCUGUAGGUGGGUCUAAGCGUAGUGAAGUGUGAAGUUUUAUCAAAAGACUCGAAAGUGAAGUCAAGUAAAGCCACCAGAUGCGAGUUAAAGUCGUUUGCCCAAAUUAACGAUUUAUUUUCUUAGGUUGAUCUUCAAUGUAUGUGUAAACAAGGAUUUUGGCAGUUCAGGUUUUACAGAGAGCACUUCAAUCAUGAUUCACAGAACAGUUUUUCAGUACAUUACAAUUCACGGACACCUAAAAUAGUCAAUCACGGCAUCACAAAAAUAAGCUUGCCCCCCCCUCCCCUCUAAUAAGGGAUUAGUCCCUGCAGUGGUCAAAAGAAAAGGACACUCACAGUACCCCUAACCCCAACUCACCUCAUGUUAGAGAAUCCACAACAGUCUUGGAUUCUGGAUCCCAUGUUGUGGAUUCCGGAUCCUCUGUCAGUGCAACUUGGGUUCCAAAUUCCAAUCAGUAGCAGGAUUCCAGAUUCCUUGAGCUGUUCUGGAUUCCAUAGCCCAAGGAUGCUGGAUUCCACAACCAAAAUUUAAUUAGAUUCUGGAUUCCACGUGCAAAAAUAUCCCAGAUUCUUGAUUCCCUUACAUCGGGUGACUCCAUUGGCUCCUUUGUAGAGAACACGGAUCUAGAACUGAGCCUUUCUAAUUUCGCCUUAUUUUUAAUUAAUUACAGGUAUUAUAUGACCCUCUAAACCCCGACAAAGAGACCUUAACACUGCAAAAUAUAUCAAAGCAGGAAAGGCUGGAUAAUGAGUUCUGGUUAUUAGAGAAGCUAUCCCAACUCCUUGAGAAGGCUCACUUCUAUGAGCUUCCUGUUGAAGAUGUACGUGAUGCGCUGAGAGAGCAUGAUGCUGGUGACGGGGUACUGGUUAGUGUGGAUCCAAAGAAGUACGAUGUACUGAGGAUUUGGGUCGUUGGAAAGGAAUUUGAACCUGUUGAUAACGGUCGUCUGUAUUCUAGAAUUGCCACUGGAGUAGUGCAUUGGUUUAGGCCACCCAAACCGGCUGAAAGGUACAAGCGAGUGGUCAUUGCAAUUCGUGCCAAGAAACAGAGCAAACUUUUGCUCAAGUCCUUUAAGGAUAUUCGCUGUGCAAACCUGGAGCACUUACUGCCCGAUGGUAAGAUCAGAAUGAAUCAGUUUGAUCAGCGAGUGUUGACUGGAAUGUUUGCAGUUGGUGCCACCAGUGCAGUGAUCAAGCUGGUGUCUUUCCUGGCAGAUUAUAAAAUUUCCUGGACUUAUAUCGCCAUAUCUGUAGCUGCUCUUGUGGCUCUAAGAGCAUGGAACAUGUACAAGAAUAAGAGAAAUUCUUACCUCGUUCGUUUGGGGCAGACCUUGUAUUUCAAGUCCAUUGCUAACAAUUGUGCUUUACUCACACUGUUAGCUGAUAGAGCUGAGGAUGAAGUUUUCAAAGUCACAUUACUGGCAUACAGUUUCCUUCAGGCUUCAUCAAAGUUACAGGUAUCAUCAGGUAUGGUUUUCGGCAUUGACUACUUUUUAUAAGUAUCAUGCAAUUGAACCUCCUGUAAGCAUCCAUUCAAAAUGCAAAGAUUUAGUGGUUGGUUACAGAAGGUGGCCACAUACAAGAAUUAAACUACAGGAGCCUCUUGUGAGAAGAAUAUAUGUGUAUACAUGUGUAGCUCCAUGUUGUCACUAAAUGUUGUUGCAUAGUACAUACUGCAAACAUAGAAAUGGCUAUAUAAAAGUGUUGCCUACAAGGGAUUAAAACAAUGGAAAGUUUUAAAACCAUCACCCCAAAAAGUGGUUUUGGUCGCUUACUAGAGGUGGUAGUUAAUUAAUUAAAAUCUAAUUUAUUUUAAUUGUGUAGUUCCAGAAAAUAUCCAUACCCCCCCCACGGAGGGUUGUUUACAGUUUGAGCCCCCACCCCUCCGGAUUUUCCGUUCCAGAGGGAUUCAGGUUGCUCCCCCCUACCCCCUGGAAUUUCCAUGAUUUUUUCACUUGGUCGCCCCUACCCCUAGGAAAUUCCAAAUCCACAAAUAAAAAGACUUCAUUGAUUUAUUUUGGUCUACUUAGUGCCGAAAUAAAAUUUAGCCGCAGCCGAUUAUAGUUACAAUUCAGAUGAAGACGUAAAGCGGCAUAAUUUUCACGUAAGCGAUUUGGCCAUACCACACUUGCUAUUUCAUGGAACAUUAUUUAUGGAGAUAUUCGCUAGGUAAGGUACAAAAUUACUGGAGGAGGCUAUGAGAUUUAAUUUUCUUAAAAAUGACCGUGGAAAAUUCUAGACGUAUGAAUAGACGCGCCUCUCGCUUCCUCUAUUUUGAAAUGUUCAAACUCUAACAACUGAGCUUAUUAACACUAUAGUUCUGGCAGCUGACCUUUCGUCUGCUUAAUUGACAGAAGAUUUCAUUCAAAAAUAUCUAAGAAAGUACUGAAAGUUGACGGUAUCAUCAACGUUUUGUAACCUAGUCGAAGUUUGUAAUUUAUGCAUAGACGAAACAACGUAUCGAAUUACUUUAAACACGAAAUGACUAUAAUAUUACAUCAUUCUUGUUUUUGCUGUCGAAGCAAAACUCAGGAAUUGACUCGAUGCUAAUCUCCAUGAUAUUUUUGUACUUUGCAGGUGUAAUUUUAUCUACAUGUAGUAUAAUGUGCGAACAGUACUGCUAACAAAUGUUGUUUUCCUGUGUGGAGCCGUGAAGUGACUUCGCUUAUCAGCGGGAAUCAUAAUCCGUCACGCAACAUGUUUUUUAAAAACUUAAGUUCGUCUUUCAACAGGAAUACUUCAAUAAAGUUGUACGCUUUAUCUCUGUAGUUUGUAAAUGAUAGUAAAUUUCACGCCUUACAGUUUUUUUUUUAACUUUUUUAAUUUCAUGUGUAAAACGUACUUUUCAAGUUCAUUCCGGUAACUAAACAACGAAAUGAAAUCUUCGCCGUCUCUCAUCGCUGUUCACGGUUACAAAAAAAAAUUGCUUAAAACAAAUGGCAUCGUAUCGACUUUGCUAACGUUUCCAAACUCGUAACUACACAGAAAACGAUAAAACCAUGCGAUAAUCUAGUUAUUGAAGCUUUGAAAUUCGCGGGAAAUUGUUUGACUCGACGUCGAACGUGCUCAGAGGUGUGCCUCGGAGCUGUACGUGUCAUCUGGCGCCGGGAUAAUAAUAGAAAAUAUAUGACAAGGAAUCCUACGUCUAUUUCCACGGAUAGAACUUUUGGUUUUUCUUGGCUACCCCGAAUCAAUUGGAAAAAUACGUAAGUGUUCAUUCGAUCGCAUUUCAAACCCUCUGGAAAGAAAAACUCUUUAUGUACCCCCCUCCCCUUCAGAAAUUUGUCUCUUUUAGACCCCCCUACCCCUAGGAAAUUCCGUGACCCUCCGUGGGGGGGGUAUGGAUAUUUUCUGGAACCACACAUUUCAAUUUAAUUUUGAUUCAAAUGAGGUUGAUUCGCAAUUUUCUUUGUCUCCUAGCCCUUGAAGACAAAGGGAAUUAAAAGUCAUCCUUGAUUAAAAAUUGUUGGCCUAAAACUAACAAACAAAUACAGCAGAUUACAAACGUUGCCAUUUAAUUUAUCUAAUUAUUUUUAAAUUCACAAUGCUCCUGUGAAAAAUAAGUUUGUUUUUGCUGUAUAAUAAGUCCUGUUUUCACCAGGCAUGUUUCCAAGGUCAGUUUGGUUGGAAAUUGCUCUUUUUUGGCAUUUUUAUAGACAUUGACUUCUUCUUGGUCCAUACAUAGAAAAGAGACCUCACAACAAAAAUCUUCGUAGGUAUCUAGCCAUCUUGAACUCAUGCAUACCAGUAUGAACAGUAAAGUUAAAAAAUGUAAUUUUUGUUGGCGUAGGUGAGGGUAUGACAGCUAGCGAAUUAAAAUUGCAUGUGGAAGACUGGAUGAGAAAAUUUCAAGUAAAGGUCAUAUAUGAUCCAUCAGAAGGAGUAAAACAACUUGAAAGCCUUGGACUUCUUGUAACAAAACAAAAAGGUAAUAAACAACAUCAUUAUUGAAGAGGUCAGUUUUUCAAAAAACGGUUUGUGUCAUGUAUGAUGUUUACAUUUUUUGUUUGUUGCAUACAUAAUAAAUAAAAAAAAUAAUAAUGAAUAAUGAUAGAAAGGUAGCACAACCAUUUAUUUUACAGUUUACAUUUACGGUGUACAGCCUUAUUAACCCCUCACAUUUGAGGAUCAUUGGCUGGAUUGGUCAGCCAAAAAAAAAAGUUAACUUACAAUGUAAUAGGCUAAUAAACAGGUAGAUGAUUGCGGCAGCUUGGGCUUUGAAAGUGUCUAAAGAGCAGUGUUCGCUAAAGACAGAAGCCAGCAAAUUGUUCCACUGAAUAAUUGUUCUUGAGAAAAAGGAUAGAUUCAUAGAGGACAGGCUAGUUUGAAGCGGGAUGAAACUUUGCCAGUGUGAGCGACGUGAUCUGCGCGUGACAGGGUGCAGAAGCCCUUGAGUUAACAGAGAGGAGCCCACAUACGUAAUGGUUCAGAUCUUUGACUACCAUUCCUGGUCGAAUUGGAAUUUGGAAAUGUUGAUUCUUGAGAAGAGGGGAAAACUGGAAUACCCCCAAAAAACCUUUCAGAGCAAAGGCGAGAAUGAACAACAAACUCAACCCACAUGUGGUAUUCACACCUGGGUUUGAACCUCGACCACAUUGGUGGGAGGCGAUUGCUCUCACCACUUGCACCAUCCUUGCUUCCCACACCACCCUAGCUCAUACAUGGAAAUUAAAUAAAGAUAUUAAUAUUAAUUCUUGAUGAUGAAUGUGCAAUUAUUUCAGGAUAAUUUAUUAUGAGUGGGUCAGGGGCUUGGAAAAAACAAAUAGAGUUGAUUUAUUUGUUCAAGGUAGCAAUGCUUUUUUAUUCUCCUCAAAAUGUACAGGUGAACAGCAAAUAUUAAGUGUGCCGUCAGUGUAUGAUGCUUUUAUGCAACUACCAAAUCCAACACAACCAAUGAAGAUAUCAGCUGAGAGAACAGAAGAACUUGAUGUGGAACUCACUGAUGUAGCUACAACUGAAGAAGAAAUAGAACAAAUGCAAGACAAACAGCGAGAGGAGCUAGAACAAAAGAAAUUGAGCUGGGAUUGAUUUGUUCCCCUUGCUAGACAACAGUAAAACAUUUUGUCAAGUUCACUUAGAAAGUUUCCUGCGUCACAGGUGUAAAUAAACUUUGGUUAGUAACAUCUGCAAAGCAGUGUGGAUAUCCUUGCUCUCAGCUCCCAAUGGACUCAACAAAUUACCAGAAGUGUGUUUUGAAUUUCCAUUCAUCUUGAUUGGCAAAUAGACCAUGGCUUUUUUAACCAGCCAAUCAUGACACAUACUCAAAUCUUGGUACAUGUACACCAUUGGGGGCCCAGAACAAGGAUUUCGGUACUGUUUUGCAGACAGACUUAAAGGGCAAACAAAUAUGUCUCCUGAGCAUUAUUUUUGAAGUUGCAAGCAGCAGGGAUCAACUUUGAAAGACUGUUGGGCUGAACAGUUUUCAAAAACCAGAAUUCAUUUCGGUCUUCUUCAGUUUUGCCCAUCCGUGGAAUCUGUUGUUUCUGUUAUGUUAUUUUAACCUUCCUUUAAAGUUUUAAGACGUUAUUUUUAUGUUUCUCUUAGUUUAAUGGCCAUUUUGUAAUUUCCUAAUGUGGCUGAAUUUCAUGACACAGCUCCUUUAACCGGAGUUAAGUUUUGUCUGUGGCACAGGCUAAUUAUAGAAAGUUGUCCAUUGUCUCCCAAACUCAUCACAUCGGUCGUGAUUGGGGUGCCAUAAUAGGUCACUAUGCUUCACACUUCUCAACUGUAAAAUGGAAG